CAUGCGCACACGUUUACUAUUGGAAAGACAUUUUCUAACUGUUCUUGGGUCAGUCAUCCAGUAGGCUGUUAAAAUCUGUUUUAAACAUAAUUGUAAGUUCGUCCUGAUCCAGGACCUGACCGUCAAUUAACCUCCUGCUGCAAACGCCGUCCUUCACAACAAAAAUGGCGUCAGCAACUAGAAUAAUUCAGCGAAUUCGGAACUGGUUUUCUGGGCAUGACCUUCAAGCAAAACUGCAGCUGCGUUACGGUGAAAUGGCCCCUAGAACUCAGCCUCCCCCAAAGCUGCCCGUUGGCCCCAGCCAUAAGUUUGCGUUCAACUACUACUGCACCAGAGAUGGCAGGAGGGAAUCCGGCCCUCCCACCAUUGUGAUGUCCCCACACAAAGCACUGGCAGCGGGCAGUGAGGCCUCGGCGGUGUCAACGAAGCGGGCGGUGAGCCCCGCAGCCCCCAUGAAGCCCCUGGAGCUGUCUAAAGACCAGCCGUACCUAUGAUGGCCAAGCCAGUCACUAUGGCAACACCCUCCAGCUGUUCCAGUCGUGCUGUUUCUGUAAAGUUAUACUAUUCCGCUGUAAGAUAAUAAUAAAAGCCACAAAUGUAUUAGAA